ACUCUGUCGAGUCCUGCGAUACCUCAACUCCAGUAGCGAGAGGGGCGAACCGGGACGGAGAUGUCGGAAAGCCCACUACUAAGGAGGGCGCAGGUGUACACUGCACCAUGGCUAGGAGGCGCCGCGGGAAUGCGAGGCGGUGAGGGGGGACGAAGCACGACGCUGGCGGGAAAGGUCAGCGUAGUGGCGGUCAAGCCCGGUGGUGUAAGGGCACCGCGAGGAGGUAUAACCGUCCUGACGGCAUCGCAAACACCCACGUGGGCCCAUAAUAGCCGCGCGCUCCUCAGCGGAAAGGACACCUCGAGGAGGAACAAAGCCCUGAAGGAGGUCCUGCUGAGGGACCUUGGGGGGCGACGCGACAGCGUGACCAGGGCGGCUGCAUGCCCGGGAAAGGGUGGAGAGGAUAAGUUGGAGGCGCUCAGCCAUAGGGAAAGUAGGGUCCUCCAGAUGGUGCUGGACGGCAUCGCCGAGGUCGAGGUCAUCGCUAUGAUCACCCUCUGGCGACAGCGGGGCACCAGCGUCCUGCUCACCAUACUCGAGCGCGCUGAAGCAGCGCGAGAAGUGGCGGCCCUGCUGCGCGGAACGGCGGGGGCGACCGAGGAAAGGGGAACGACGCUGGGAAGUGUCGUGAGAGGAGGAGGAGGCGUAGCCCGUGCGCUGAGGCUGGGAGGGGGAGGCGGGGUGAAGACGGGCUCGCAUCCGCUGGUGGUCCCUGGCGGCCUCGUAAGCGUGCGGGGCCGAUGUGAACCCGUACCGCCAUAGCUCAGAGCGUUACUCGAGUGGAAGGCUGGCCAAAAAACGGUCGAUAAAGGCAGCCUCGAGGA